AUGGAAGACAGGAGCGAACCAAAGAAGGGCGGAUUCGCAUUCUGGGAGCAAGUGCUUGGCAGACCGCGACACAUCCUCGCCCCCAUGGUGUGCUACUCGCCCAUGCUCCACGCGGGACCCUUCCACGCCGAUCCCUCCUAUCGCGCUCGCCACCUCACCUCUGCGCCCGGUGACCGACCCCUCAUCGUUCAGUUUUGUGGUAACGACCCCGAGGAGAUCCUCCAGGCCGCGCUGCUCGUGCAGGAUGAGUGCGACGCAGUCGACAUCAACUUCGGCUGCCCGCAGAAGUGCGCGCGUAAGGGCAACUUCGGGGCGUACCUCCUCCACAACUGGCCGCUCAUGGAGGCCAUCGUGUCGACACUACACAAGAACUUGUCGAUCCCCGUGUGCUGUAAGAUCCGAUUGCUUCCCAAGCUGGAGGACACCAUCAAGCUCGCUCUCGUCCUCCAGAACGCCGGCUGUCAAGUGCUGGCGGUGCACGGCCGAACACGGGAGAGCAACAGCAGAGGCCCGGCCGACUGGGCCGCCAUCCGACAAAUCAAAGAGGCGCUCUCGAUACCGGUCGUGGCCAAUGGCGGCGUCGAUGAACUGGAGGACGUGGAGCGCUGCCUCAACGAAACGAAAGCCGACGCGGUAAUGGUGGCGUAUCCGGCGCUGCUCAAUCCUCGCUUCUUCGGCGGCGGUGAGAAGGCCGACGGGGUGGAGCUCCUGCACGAGUACCUGUCCUACGUAGAACGCUACCCGGCCCAAUCCAAGACUAUCAAAUCGCACGCACGCAAGCUGCUCAAACCAAUGUGGGGCAAACACAAGGACCUGCGGGAGCAGCUGGAGGCGUGGGACGAGCGGGACCAGGCCAUCGCCUCGGUGGUCCUGCGAAUAGCGCAGGAGCUCAAGUACCGCAUUGACAACGGGAUCGAGGUCGACCUCAAGCCACCAGAGGCCGAGCUCGAAGAGGGCGACGGCUACGCGCUCUUUGGACCUCAGGCCGACGACGACUACUAA